CAGAAGGGGUGGAGUUACCUGGCUGCGCUGCUGGUCUGACAAAACAAUUGUAAAUAAUGGGGAGUGUAGCAGCUGGAAAGACAGCACCUUACAAAUUAAAAGAGUUAAUUGCAUCAGUGCAUCAUCAUAAUCACUGGAAGGGUUUCCAUACAUCAUUGAUUUGUUUUUCCCCAAGAGGAUUGAAGACAUGAGUGAUCCAGAACCAUGCAGAAUAAAAAGUGAAGAUACUGAGGAACUAAUAGGCCUGAUGGAAGUGAAAGAGGAAAGUCAGGAGCUGAAUGAAGUGGAGGAGAAACAUCAGAAUCAGGAACCUCAUGUUUCCACAACUGGUGAAGAAUCUUCUAUUUGCUUACAGACUGAGAAUCAUUUUUCACUAAAAAGAACAGAAGCCAAGAAAUCUUUCACCUGCUCUCAUUGUGGGAAGAAUUUCUCUUACAAAUGUCAUCUUGAGGAUCAUGAAAGGAUUCACUCUGGAGAAAGGCCUUUCACAUGCACUCAGUGUGGGAUGAGUUUCAAACAGAUAGGACAUCUUAAGAGUCAUUUAAAAAUUCACUCUGGGGAGAAGCCUUUUACAUGCCCUCAGUGUGGAAAGAGUUUCACACAAAAGGUAAGCCUUAAGUAUCACAUGAACAUUCACACUGGAGAGAAGCCUUUUACAUGCACUCAAUGUGGAAAGAGUUACAUACAAAAAGGAAACCUUAAGUAUCAUAUGAAAAUCCAUUCUGGAGAGAAGCCUUUCAUAUGCCCUCAGUGUGGAAAGAGUUUCACAUGUAAAGGAAACCUUAAGAAUCACAUGAAAAUUCACACUGUAGAGAAGCCUUUUACAUGUCCUCAGUGUGGAAAAAGUUUCAUACGUAAAGGAUUAUUUAAGGAGCAUAUGAAAAUUCACUCUGGAGAGAGCAGUUAUACAUGUCAGCAUUGUGGGAAGAGUUUCCCAUAUAAAGGACACCUUGAGGAGCACAUAAGAAUUCACACUGGAGAAAAGCCUUUCACGUGCUCUCAGUGUGGAAAGGGUUUUGCACAACAAGGACAUCUUACGUUUCACAUAAGAAUUCACACUGGAGAGAAACCUUUUACAUGCCAUCAGUGUGAAAAGAGUUUCACACGAGCACAAAGUCUGAAAUUUCAUCUGCAGUUUCACUCUGGAGAAAAGCCAUUUAAUUGUGAUCAGUGUGGACUGAAAUUCGUUACAUCAUCAAACUUCAGAAGACACCUAAAAACUCACUCAAAUGAGAGGCCCUAUGCAUGUUCAAUUUGUGGGAAAAGUUUUUUGUUUGCGAAGUAUUUAAAUGACCACCAGAUAAUACAUACAGGUAUUAGAGCUCAUGUGUGCUCGGAGUGUGGAAAAGCCUUUACUAGACUUAAAGACUUGAAGCGGCAUAGAAGAAUCCAUUCUGGAGAAAAAGUGUUCACAAUGUGAAAAGAGUUUCACUGUGUCUGUAAAUCUGAAAAAAACAUGAGAGAGUGCAUAGUGGAGAGAAACCAUACCACUGUACAUCAUGUGGGUAGAGUUUUGGACAUUCAAGAACUUUAAUGGUUCAUAUAAAAAGUCACUGUCCAAAGUCAUUACAAUAAGCAAAGUUAAUCUUUUGAGGCCUGUACCCAGGUAAGUUUAUCAGGUACAUGCCUAACCUAGUAGGUAGGUUUUGUUCUUGAUCACACAUCACAAACAGGUAUUUGGACCAAUCAGCUGUGAGCACUGCAUCAGAGAAAUGUCACUUUGAAGUCAACUUUCAUAUUGUACCAUUCACUCUAAAUUGUAAUACCAAUUUGCAGCAACAUAAUUUUAGAAGUUAUGUUUUAGCCUGAUGUUCCUGGAUAAUUAUACUUUAGAGAGAGAGAUUUUCAAAGAAGAUUCGUAGCUGUGUUGGCAUUUUGAGGUGUACAUUAAAAAUGUAUUAUUGCUCUGCGUUUAUUUGCAAAUGGUUGAUAAUUGUGUCUAGUGGGUGAUGGUGAAAACAUCUGCAAAUAUUCUGUUUACACUGCUAUUCUCACACUUUUAAUUGUGAUUGUGUGUGUUUUAACCCAUUCUGGCAGUAAAACAGUGAUUCUUUUAAAUAACUAUUUGAUGGAUAAUACACUGUCUAUCAAUAAACAUAGAAAUGAAAAAUAUUAUAA